GCAUGGAUGAAAAUAGACAAGUGGGCUGUAUUUAAAAAUCGACUCUUAGAAUUUGAGGUUCAAGAAUUUUAUGGACGUGUAAAAUAUUACUUCACCUACCAGUUCAACGGUAAUACACAUUUGAUGGCACUAAUUCAGUGGACCCAAAAGGUAAAUGAAGAUGAAUAUGAGCUUAAAUUUUUUAGAGAGUUUGGAACAAAGCAGUUUAUUGAUAUGCGAGUAAUUGAUCGAUGUGUAGGAUUCUUAGAAUGUAGAAAUCUUUUAUUUAUCAUUGACAAAGAGGUAAAUGAUCCUGAUGAUAGUAAUAUAGAGUCGAGUAGUAAAGAUAAUAGAUAA